ACAGAUAAACGGACCGAGAACAGCACAUCUCGGACCCACCGAGAUAGGCCAAUCCACAGCACAUCUCGGACCCGCCGAUAUAGGUCAAACAUAACAAAUAAGGCAUACCAGAGACGGCUCACAACACAUCUCGGAAUCACCGAUAUAUACCAAACGCAACUAAUAAGAAUAAACCGGAAUGUCACGACAUCACAAACCGAUCAGAGCGAUAACCUAAAGAGAGCAUAUCUUUUUAGUCACCGAGCACAACCAUUCCGAACACACGGGACAAAUCUGUCAGAACGUACUCUGACAUUCCAGACACAACAGCUGCACAGACAAAGAGAAUGAAGUCAGACCUGUCGGCCCAGACAAAGAGAAACAAAGGACUUAAUAUAAAAGGCAAAAGGAAAGUAGGUACGGCCUAGAAGCGUUCAUCAGAGAUAGCUACGAUUCAAGGUUACAAGUUAUCAUUUGGCGCCGUCUGUGGGAAAGAAAAUAAGAAAGCUUCCCCCUUUCUAUCCUUUUGGAAGCUAAUAGGAUGAGUAGAAUAGAAGGAGAUGAUCCCGCAAUCGGAGACAAUAAUACGCAGAGCAGUAGAACGGGAGAGGGGCUCAACGCGCCACCGAGAAGAGCUAGCGGCGAAAGCUCGUUUUGCCCGGUCACUACAUCGAUGGCGGGUGUUAACCCGAGCCCUAUGUCAGGGGUUACCACUUAUUACCCGUGGGGAAUGCCAUCGUCGAGUAACGUUCCUCCAACAUCAUACUCCACCCCUACGCACCAAACCACUCAAACUUUCUUACGACCAGGCGUAACCCCCAUCAACCUCACAUUCACCCCGAACUCCACCCCAGCACCUGGACAAACCACCACAGAAGUCCAAAAUCCUACGCCAGCACAAAUCCAAGAAUACAUCGAAUUUCAUACUCGGCAGCUAGCUUUCCUUCAACAGGUGCAACUGGUCCAUACUCGACCAACAGCCCCAACUGCAACCCAGGAUAACACUACCACUCCACCAUACAUACCAACCGCACCACCUCACCCACAGGAAUUCUACCAAGGCCAAAAAACACCCGAGGAAGCAAACCGCGAGAAAAAUCCACGAGAACAAAACCCAGAACCAGCACAGACCGGACAUAAAACUCCAGAGGGGCAUAAAAAGACACUAAAACGGGUGGAGAUCGAGGAGAGCGUGCACAGCUCGGGUGCUGAUUCCCCAAAGAAAAAGAACCUGGAGCAAGAAAUCACCGAAAGGGUCAGAACCGAGAUGGAAAAAUUUAGAAGAAAAGAGCCGAGAAACACAAGCUUCCUGAACAUCGGAAACCCUCUGUCGGCAGAAAUACGAGAAGAACCCUUCCCCUUAAACUACAAAACACCGCAGUUAGACGAUUACAAUGGAACAGGGGACCCGAUCACGCACUUGAGCUGUUUCCAAGUGGUCAUGAUGGUACAAUGUUUGUCCGAAGCGGCUGUCUGCAAACUUUUCCCGACUACCCUAAAAGGACCAGCUGCCAUCUGGUAUCAAAGCCUGAAAGAAGGCUCCAUCCGAAGCUUCGACGAGCUGGCAAGAGCUUUCCGAACACAUUUCGCACCGAGCAUACAACGAAAGAAAAAGUCCAGUGACUUAAAACUCUGCUACCAGAAGCCAGGAGAAAGUCUGCAGAGUUACAUCGGCCGAUUCAACGCAGAAGCGGUCGAAGUGGGAAAUUUGAAUGAUGAUACUGUGAUAGACGCAAUGAAAGACAACACAACAAUGAUGGCCUUCCGAGAUAACCUGAUAACAAACCCGGUACAAACUUACUCUCAGCUGAUGGACCGAGCCUGGAACUACAUAAAUUUAGACGAAGAACAACGGCGAAAAGCCGCACAAACUACAACAUCGUUCCGAACACCGAGGCCGAACUUCGAUCAAAAUCACACAUCUUGA